GUCGGCGAUUAGCGGGCGCUGCAACAAUGCGGCGACGCGCGACGCCAUUGUUGCGUGGCGAGUGGCGCGAAGUGUGCGUGCGCGUGUUGGUGCGUGUCCCGCGGUGCACCUGUCGUGGUUCUGUCGUCGUCGGUUAGUCACGCUCGAGGUGGGUUGUGUGCUCUCGCUGUAGCCUGGGUCCACGGACGGCUCCAUAGCGGCGCAACUUCGCAGUAGUAGUGUCGCUGAUCACGUGGCCGGCUCCAAUCGACGCGAUGUUUUUUUUUUUUACUGCACAUUGUGCCUGACGUAGCACAAAACGCCACAUGCGUGAGCAUGCUGAACUGUGAUCACACGUGCCGCUGUCGGUGAGGGACCUGAUCUUGUCGCGAUCCCCGAGGGUCUGUCCGUGUCGAACCGAGCCGCCGGCCAAGUCGCGAGGCGGGCAGCGGGACUCGAGUCAUGUGUUGCGAUGUGUGGCCGCCAUGUCGGGGCUGAGUCACGUGCCGUAGCGCCGCCAUGUUGAAGUGGGUGCAGCAGCAGAGAGCAGCGGCGGCGGCGAGAGCAGCGCAGGCACCGGACACAGGCGGCAGCGACGCACGCAAGAGGAUGGGGGGCUCCGACCCGCGGGUGGCCACGUGUCGCGGCAAGCUGCAGAACAAGCGCUCCAAGCUCAACCAGGAGAUCAACAAGGAGCUGAGGCUGCGCGCUGGGGCGGAGAACCUCUUCAAGGCCACCACCAACCGCAAGCUGAAGGAGACCGUGGCCCUCGAGCUGAGCUUCGUCAACUCGAACCUGCAGCUGCUGAAGGAGCAGCUGGCCGAGCUCAACAGCUCCGUGGAGCUCUACCAGAACGACAGCACGCAGCCUGUGAUGCCGAUGAUCCCUCUGGGGCUGAAGGAGACCAAGGAGAUUGACUUCCGGGAACCUUUCAAGGACUUCAUCUUGGAACAUUACAGUGAAGAUGGCAGUCACUACGAGGACGCGAUAGCCGACUUCAUGGAUCUGAGACAGGCUAUGCGCACGCCACUGCGAGACACUGCGGGCGUGGCGCUGCUGUUCCAGUACUACAACCAGCUGUACUUCGUGGAGAGGCGCUUCUUCCCGCCGGACCGCUCGCUCGGCAUCUACUUCGAGUGGUACGACUCGCUGACGGGCGUGCCCAGCUGCCAGCGCACCGUGGCCUUCGAGAAGGCCUGCGUGCUGUUCAACAUGGGCGCGCUGUACACGCAGCUCGGCGCCAAGCAGGACCGCCUGCUGCCCAAGGGCCUGGACUCGGCGGUGGACAGCUUCCUGCGCGCCUCGGGCACCUUCCGCUACAUCCUCGACAACUUCACCAACGCGCCCAGCAUGGACCUGGGCCCGGAGAUGCUGGACAUGCUGGUGCAGCUCAUGCUGGCUCAGGCGAGGGAGUGUUUGUUUGAGAAGUUGGAUCUGCAGUCGAGGGAUCGCAGAGACAUUGACGUCUGCCUGGACUUGGCUCAAGAAGCUGCACAGGUGGCCGAGGUGUACAGCAAGGUGCACGCGCUGAUCUCGGUGGCGGCGGUGCGCGACUACGUGCCCUACUCGUGGGCGGCGCUGGUGCAGGUGAAGCGCGAGCACUACGCCGCGCUGUCGCACUUCCACGUGGCGGCCGGGGUGCUGGGCGCGCGCCUCGCCGACCUGUCGCCGCGCACCCGCGACACGCUGCAGUUCCUGCACGAGGAGGGGGACGCCCGCACCCAGCUGGAGGUCCGGCUGCCCCAGGACGACGCCGAGAGGAAGCUGCUGGGGAGGGCACACCUCCGGGAAGCGCUGCUGCUGCACGAGGAGAGCCAGCGCCUGCACCGCAUGUGCCGCGAGCUGCGAGGCAAGGCAGCGCUGAGCGCCGUCCUCAAGAAGUGCCACUCCCGAGCCAUGGACGCCUACACCUACGCCGAGGAGGAGGACGACUUCAGAGAAGUUCUGGACCCGCCCAGGGUGCUGUCGUCCACCAAGUUCCAGUUGUCGCUGACGCCCCCCGACUUCUCCCACUAUCGCGUGGAGGACUUGUUCCGGGGGCUGGGACCCGUCGCCAUCUUCUCGGCCAAGCACCACUGGACCGCGCCCCGCUCCGUGCAGUUGCAGCGGCUAGGAGGGGAGGGCUUCGGCUUCAGCGUGCGAGGAGAUGCGCCCGUCAUUGUCGCGGGCGUCGACCAAGGCAGCCUCGCUGACUUUGGUGGUAUGAAAGAAGGAGACUUCAUCGUUGCCAUAAGUGAUCGAGAUGUGAAGUGGUCGGCCCAUGAAGAAGUCGUGAAACUCAUCAAGCUUGCAGGAGACACACUCAGUUUGAAGUUGGUCACACCUAUGGAUAAAAGUUAUCUUAAGCAGCCGAAGGGCGGGCCAAAGGGGUCGGUGUCCACGAGCAGCUCCAGCUCAGGGGUGUCCAGCGGCCAGCCCAGCCCGGCCGGCAGCCUCACCGGCAACAGCCACAAGAAGCUGACGUGGAACCCCUUCAGGAAGUCCGCCCACCACAAGGAGCACGGGCCGGACCACAGCGUCAUCCUCCGGUGAUGGGCGGAGCGUGCAGACAACGCUCCCCCCUCCCCUCACUUGCCGGUCAAGUUAGUCAUCACGUUUGUGUGCUGGUCCGUGGCAUCCCUACCUCCUUGGUUCCGUACUUGUCUUCGUAAAACAUGCGAUCGCAUCUAGAACACCGAACACAGUUCAUCGUGGUGUUUACUGUAUUUAUGAAGUCAUUACCGACUGUCGCAAAGGAACAUAAAACAUGACGUAUAGUGCCACCCUCAUUUAGCAUAGUACUCAAGAGGGGCUGUUUCCAGUUGUGACGAACCUGCUUGCCCCACACCCUUUCUUUCAUUGGCCCUGUUUUAGCCACCUGGAGCAGUUGUGCAACGUGUAAUGAACUACAUUUUCUGCAAGUUCAAAAAAAAAGUUUUCAAACAUAAAAGAGGCUAUGUGGACUUGUGAAUGUUGCAAUGUAUUUUUCUGGGGACAUGUCAAGACUGUGGUACACCAUGUGCUGUUUAAAGUUACCCGUAAAUUAGUUUGUGAGCCCUUAAUGAUAGAAAAGUAAUUGUGUUAUAUGUAUAUAUAUUAUAUAAUUGUAGUUCUUAACAACUGUAAAUUUUAAGAGCAAUUUAUGCAAGACAAUUCACGGUAAAUAUUACGAGAGUUUAUUUCUGUAACACACACACAGUGCUGUUUCUAUAUAUUCUUUUUGUAAGAAAAAAUUUAUUUGAUGAAUUCUGAAUUAUUAAUUUAUUAUUACUGCAUUUUAUAAAUUUGAAAAUAACUCAAUUAAUAUUCAAUGCAGCAAAAUAUUACUUUUGUUAUUAUUUUUAAAAGUUUUUUUUUUAAAUAGGAAAAUAGUAUUGUUAUUUAAAAUCUAUGACAAUAGUUCAUUUACUUUUUUUCCUUUCUGUUAUUUGUUUCAAUUAAGAAAACUAUCUUCGAGAUACCAAAGACUGAUACAAAUAAAAACACAUAGUUUAUGUAUAUAUUUUUACAAAGUGCAACAAUUUAAUUGAAUAAAACAGGGAAUAAAUGUGCUAAUAAAGUGAACAUUUUGAUUAGGACUUUAUACUAUCUGAACUAGGAAUAAGAUUGAUCUUUAGUCUUGAAAUAAGUAAAUUGGAAAUUAACAAUUAUGUAGUACGAAAGCCAAUAAGCAAUAAUUUUUUUUUAAAGUUACAUUAUAGAAUAAAUCUAGAUUUGUAAUUCUCGUGUAACAGAGAGUGUAAUAAUUAUUUGUUCUUUAUGUUUACAUAAACAGUUUAUAAAUAUGUAAGUAUUAUUUUUGAGAAAAGUGUAAAUACAUUGCAUUGUAAAAACUUCUGCAGGGGCAGUUUGAAACAAUAAACAUGGAAAGACUCUAAAAA